CGAAAAUGUCGAUUAUUUUGUUUCUUGUUUUGUUUACUUUAAGUGCCGUUGAAAUCUACCCUAGUGAAGACAAUUCGGUCGUUUUUGUACGAGAGGUAGUGGAAAAUCAAAACAACGAAGAUAGUCAAAUGGAGAUUAAAGGUCUGAGUGGAAAUCCAAAUGGGCCGGAAGAAAAAGAAGCUGAACUUUUCAUACCUUCGAGAUAUUGGCAAAAGGUCAAACCAGGUCAAGUGUUACCGUCAGGUUUGCAUUACAGAAUGAAUCUGCAGACAGGAUUGAAAGAGGCUAAGCUUUUGGACGACACUGACGUGAAAAAUGGUAAAUUGGAUGAAAGUAACGCGUGGGUGGAUCACACCGGGAAGUUUAACCAUCUAUCGGGUGAAGAGUUGAAAUCUAAAUUGUCUGGUUUACCAGAUGACGGACCGAAAAAUGAAAACCUGGCCGAUCUGUCGAAAUAUCGUGAUAUCGAGGAACUCAGAAAAGAUUUCGCAGAAAUGAACAAACAAAUGAAAACAGAGUCUGAAAUAGUGAAAGAGAUCACAAAUUAUUUCAGAAGUCAAAUUAUUCAUGAGCUUGAUCAUGACUUCAUUUUACCGAAGCUAGAAGAUCUGACAUAUUAUGUCCAUCAAAUUGAUAAUGCGGAAGAUUUUAUCUUAAAAAUGAAUGGAUUGGAAUUAAUAAAACAUAUUUACAACCAUUCUGAAGCUUCAGUAAAACAAGCUGCUCUGAAAACAUUAUCAGCGUGCUUGCAAAGCAACCAAAAGCUAAAGGUCUUUGCUAUUGAAAAUGGACAAAUUCUACAAUUUCUAACAAGAUCUAUGGAUUCAAAAAUUGAUUCGAAAGUGACGAAAUCAGCAUUUAAUGCAUUAUCUGCACUAAUAAGAAAUUUCCCAUUUGCCCAGAAAGUGUUCGGAGAUAUGAGCGGAUUUCAGCUUCUGUGCAAGUUAGCUGAAAGUGAUUAUAUACCAAGUCACAGAGUACUGCAGCUUCAAAUGGAUUUGCUUUCUGAGGCUGCGUUCGCGCUUCAAGAGACCGAAGCUCAUGAUCCGACAAGAAGAAAACAGUACGAAGUAGCGGCGGUCAUAAAGAAAAUAUCGUGCUCUUGUAAAUUAAUACACAAAGCUUUUACUAGCCCAAAUUUGACCGUUAAUUUGAAUGUUUUUGAAGUUUUGAUUGAUGCUGCUCGCAAAUUUACUGAAGAUGACAUUUGUGUCAGAUCACAGUUCAAAAAAUGGCUUGAAAGUUUGAAACCUGUGUUAGUGAAUCUAUUGGUGGAAAAGGAUUUACGAAGCGGAGUAGGGGAAAAGAUACAGUUAGAUUCUGAGAUGGACGAAUACAGACAAGAAGUUGUCUCCAAAUUGACUGAUUUAGUACAAUCAAUAAAAAGCAUUACCGAUAGAUCGGAACUAUGACCCAAUUCUCGGGUUUAUGUAGCGUUAUUAUCUCGUUUUCAUAUCAAAUUGUAUUUUGUGAUAAUUGGCCUUGUAAAUAUAUUUGAAGCGCUAACACGUGCAACAUUUAUGAGCAAUGGUAAAAUCAGUUUAUUAUGCCAGUGAAGAAGAAGAAGAUUCUGGUGGCAGAGGUUUCCGGUAGGAGAGGUUUC